GUGCAGCAGGUUCGGUUGUGGCGUGGUGCGGGUAAGAUGGCGGCGGCGGCGUUGGUGUUGGUGUCGGAGCGAAUGGCUGUGGGAAUAUGAAAAGACGGGGCGGAUAACUGUCCUGGCGGCUGAGCAUCCGGCUUCCUUUUGUCGUUCAUAUCUCCAAACGAGGAACCUUUUCUGCUUCUGUUCGCCUUUGUUUUUUUUCUGCGAAGUUUUUCUUUGAGGGAGAGAUUGAAAAAAAAAAUAAUUGAAACAGGACAGUUUACAUAAAUGAUGAAAUUAAAGCAGAACCAGACUCGGACUUAUGAUGGGGACGGGUAUAAGAAGCGAGCGGCCUGUUUGUGCUUCAAAAACGAGAGCGAAGAGGAGGUCCUGGGUCUCAGGCCAAUUUGGAUAAAUGGUACUUGUAUCUCUGAACACGCUGUGCAGGAAGAUCUGGAUGAAUUCUUCAGCCUCAGCUCUCCAAGUUACUCUUGAUGAUAUGGAAAAUUCAUAUGGGGUUGCACGAUGAAGUCUGGGAUGAUCUUCAGUUAUCACAAUAUGUAAUGGAUGUCAUUUCUUCUUCCAGAAAGCCAUCAAUUGUUCUGUUGGUCAGCAGCAGUCGAUACCCAGACAGAUGGAUUGUGCCAGGCGGUGGCAUGGAGCCUGACGAGGAACCGAGUGUGGCAGCUGUCCGAGAAGUCUGUGAAGAAGCUGGAGUCAAAGGGACAUUAGGAAGAUUAGUAGGAAUAUUUGAGAAUCAAGACAGGAAGCAUAGAACAUAUGUGUACGUUCUGGUAAUAACAGAGGUGUUAGAAGACUGGGAGGAUUCAGUUAAUAUUGGGAGAAAAAGGGAAUGGUUUAAAAUAGAUGAUGCCAUUAAAGUUCUUCAGUGUCAUAAACCUGUACAGGCCUCGUAUUUUGAAACCUUCAAACAAGGCUAUUUGGCAAAUAAUGGAACUCCAGUUGCAACAUUAUCUGAAGAGAAGGCCUCAACAUACACCAAUCAGAGUUCAGUAUCCAGUAUUAGAUGACUGAGAGGAGCUCCACAGUAAUUGACUCAUCAUACAUCGAGUCCCAAAGGCAUGGACUUGAAAAGUGUUCUGUGAAAGAAUGUUUGAUCUAGUUUGAUUGCUUCUAUACAUUGUACAUGUAUAAAUAAAUUUUGCAUGGAGACCUGCGCAAUGUUGAUAACGAUACUUUAUAUUGUGAUGUAAAAUAUAGUGCUGAAGAUCAAAGCCAUAACUAGUAAGUUUUUUUUGUUAGAUAUUGUAUAUUUUUGAUAGGAUUGUGAAAUUAAGGUACCAGUGUUACAUCCAGUUGUCUCCCAGGUAUUAUCCUAUAGAAUUCCUAAUUGUCAGGUGACUUGGAUUUCAACCUAGGGAUAUUGUUUGGGUGCCAAGUGGGUAUCGAUUUUAGUUCUCUGCAACUUUUUAUAUAUAGCUUUUGUAAAUUUUUUGCUGGCUUUAUCACCUGCACUACUGCUGUUUACGUCAAAAAAAGGAAGCUAUGGAACUAUCGAUCACUGACCUGUACUACUUUGUGGAAUAACAUUCAUGACACACACUUCAUCACAGUACUUCUGUUAGCUUGUACACAAACUGCUAAAUAAGGCCUUUAAAGCAUUUUACCUUAUGUAAGACGAGUUCAAGCCAUGCAUAUUGGGUCUUACCUUCUGUGGAGCUUUGGAUUAUAUUCUGUUUAGCAGUACACAUUUCUGUGUCACGGCUUCAUUUUCCUGAUCUCUGCUAUUCCCCCUCUUUCAUUCUACACUGGAGUUUAAGGAUGUUCUUUGCAGGCAAUUCAAGGUCUUAACAGAGCUGAGAAUUUGGUGUUUUGAAUUUUCUGAUUGUGUUUUUGUUCUUGCAAUUUAAAAAGGACACUGUAUACUGCUUAAGCAUUUAAACUGUGUAACCUGGUUUUUAAAUUCCAACUCUGGAUUAGUAACACGUGGAGCAAAGAUUACCCUGUACAGUACAUUUUCCUUUUUUAAAAAAAUUCUUGGUUUGCUUUUUUACUGAGACAAAAUAUAGCACUGUUUCUUUUGAAAUGAGUGUUAUUGAUCACCAAAAUAAUUUCAACCUAUUUAAUUGAUUAAAUUUGUUUUAUUUUUAAUUAAUACGGAAGUCCAGAAAUCUGAGUUUGCCAUAGAAUAUUGGCCUCAAAACUUGUACAGUCUGCCAGCUAACAACAGGUUGUACCUCAUAGUGUCAAUAGAGAAAGGAACAUUGCUGGAGAAAACACCCUUUUAUCAACCUAAGAAUGAGCUGAUUUUUUUUAAACUCAUAUCUAGACAGAUAUCCUUUCAUUCAGUUCAGUCAGUUUAAAAGCAGUGUAAAUAAACGUUCACUAUUGUAGAACUGAUGAAUACUAACAUCAUUGUACUAAUUAUUUUUUGCAAUUUUUUCCCAAUCAAAUUUUCCCAAAUUUUUUAAGAUGUUGGAAGAUUUGGAAGUGUAGAACUAUUGCUUUACACAGGUGAAGAAAUAACUCUCUAAUCCCCUGGCUCAGUGGUGAGGGUUUAAAACAAACUGGAGCAGCAUCAGAAAACAGUUCUCACUAAAGCAUUGCCCCAUUCUCUAGUGAUGUUUAAAAAAUGACAACUAUUAUUAAUUGUUUACCUAUGUUUAAGUACAUAUCUGAAAAUGUGCUAAUGUGAUUAAUGAAGUUUCAGUCAAAGUAAAAUUGAGUACUGAAUCACAAGACUGCUUUGUAUUUCUGGACAGCAGACAUGAAAAUCUUGUUGAUAUGUAAAAAGUGAAACAAAUGGAAUCAGUUGAUUAUGACCACUUAAUGCUUUCAGCUUUUACCUGCAAUUAAUGCACUGUAAAUACGUGUCAUUUUUGGUGCUUUCCUGUGUAAAGCCUUAGAUGGAAGGGAUAAGUGCUAGUUUUUACAAUGGUCAGUAUUGGUAAGAAUAUGAGGCAUGUUAUCCUGCCCUUCACAUUUUAACGCAACUGUUAUACAUCAAUUCAAAAGAUUCAGUCACUGGAGGAAGUCUUAUUUUACCUGACUUGAGUGUGAUGCACAUGUGAGACAAGAGAUUGAAGAUUGUAAUAAACCUGUGCCAACAAAUAAAAACUCACCAGUAUUUCAGAAA